CUCACCGCAAGAAUCCAAAAUCAUCACAGCAGAGGGAGAGAAAGAAAGAGAGGGAAGGAAGAGAGAGAGAGAGAAGAGAGAGACCAUGGCUUCCGCCGUCGCUUGCAAGGGCAAGGUUCCCGUGCCGGCCAGCCUCCUCAAGUCCGGUGCUCCCGUGGCCUUCUGCGCGCUCCAGUCCCCCGCCGUCACCGCCGCCCGCCGCCCGUACAACACCCAGUUCAAGGUCAAGGAGGUCAGCCGCUACGAUGACGACGACGACGACUACAGCGGCCGCGACCUCGUCAUCCCCAGCUUCUUCUCGCAGGACGUGCUCGACCCGCUCGGCGCGCCGACCAGCAUGGAACGUCUGCUGUCUCUGAUGGAGGACGUCGCAUCUCAGACCGGCCUCUCCUCCGCUGCUGGGGCGUCGCGGCUCGGACGCUGGGUGGCCAAGGAGGACGACGACGCGGUCUACCUCAAGGUGCCGAUGCCGGGGCUGACCAAGGAGCACGUGGAGGUGCGCGCGGACAAGAACAUCCUGGUGAUCAAAGGCGAGGGCGAGAAGCAGCCCUGGGACGGCGACGGCGACUCCGCAGUGCCGAGGUACAACCGCCGCAUCGAGAUGCCCGCCGACGCGUACAAGAUGGACAAGAUCAAGGCCGAGAUGAAGAAUGGCGUGCUCUGGGUCACCCUGCUCAAGGUCAAGGAGGAGGAGCGCAAGGACGUCUUCCACGUCAAGGUCGAGUAGUCCUGGUGGUAGUGCUCAUGGAGGAUGGCCGGCGAGAGAGUGUGAGAGACGCCUUGUUGAUGUGGUGAUGUUUGGUGUCUUUUCUUCCUUGUUUUGCUUCGUUGAUUGUCUUGGAUCCAGUAGGUGAAGUUGGCCGCAAACUCUGUUAGUUUCCUCUAGUUCGGCAUAUGAUGAACUUGCUUUGGUGAUGAAAUUGGUGAUGAAAUUCUGUUGAUUUUCUAAGUUUGGCAUAUGAUGAA